AUGGCGAAGAAAGGUUUGAAGAGGAAGCAAAAAACGGAAGUAGUAAAAAAAGAAGAUGAGUCGAAGGUGAUUUUGCCCCUCGUCCGACGCUCAGACGAACCGGUUACCAAAAAGGCUAAAUGGGUAAACAGAGAACGGAUUUUGGUGUUUGGUACUCGUGGGAUUAGUUUCCAACAUCGUCAUUUGAUGAAAGAUAUAAUCAAAAUGUUGCCUCAUGCUAAAUCGGCAAACAAGAUGGAACGAAAAGAAAAUUUAUUUGUAGUUAACGAGAUGUGCAAGAUGUCUCACUGUAAUAAAUGCAUUUUAUUUGAUGGCAGACUUCAAAGAGAUUUAUACAUGUGGUUUUCAAAUUCGCCAAAUGGGCCUAGUAUUAAAUUUAAUGUGGAAAGUAUAUUUACAAGUGCUGAACUAAAAUUAACUGGCAAUUGCUUAAAAGGAUCACGGCCAUUGUUGUCAUUUGACAAUUCUUUUGAUGCGCAUCCUCAAUAUUCUCUGUUACGAGAAAUGUUUAUACAGAUAUUUGGUGUGCCAGAUCAUCAUCCCAAGAGUCAACCAUUCGUUGACAAUGUUUUAAACUUCUCUGUAUUGGAUAAUAGAAUUUGGUUUAGGAACUAUCAAAUAUUAGACGAGAAUGGUGCAAUAGCUGAAAUUGGCCCAAGAUUUGUCUUGCAACCGAUUCGCAUUUUUAAAGGAAGUUUUUGUGGUGAAACUCUGUGGGAAAAUCCAUUUUAUAUUACUCCAGCAAAGACAAGACGUUUAUUGAAAGAUAAUAAGAAAGACAAGUAUGCUAAUAAUAAAAUACAGCGUAAAGCAAAGAAGACAAAGGAACUGCUUGCACCAUUUCGUGUUAAACCAGAAAAUGAAAUAUUCAGAGAUGGCAAUGUAAAGGAAAAGGCUAAACAUUUUAUAACCAAAAACAAAAAUGCUUUUUAAUGUUAAAUUUGUAAUAAAUAUAUUAAGAAAUUUGUAUUAC